AUGACCAAACUUGCUAGUCAUCCCAAUAAUCGAUUCCGGCACGUUGCUGCCACUGCACUCUUUGCUUUGGCGUCCAGCCCCUCGGCCGCCAGUUUCUCGUCCCCCUCGUUGGGUUCGUGGGGAUCAUUUGUGAGAGGAGGCAGCAUUUCAGCCCAAUCUCCACUUCUCACUACAAGGUCUUCGUUGGUGCAGCGAUCCUUGGUAUCAACUACCACAUCAGAUAUCUCUGAAGCUUCUCCCAUUGUCAGCGACAUCAUGACACCUGCAGAAAAAUUAGAGGCCCUGAGAGCCAAAAUGAAGGAGCUCAGUUUGGAUGCGUUCAUUGUUCCAUCAGAUGAUCCACACUUGAGUGAAUAUGUUCCAGAAGCCUAUAUGCGACGAAAAUUCAUGACCGAUUUUGGUGGAAGUGCUGGAACAGCGGUGGUAACCCAAGAUGAGGCGCACCUGUGGACGGAUUCGAGAUAUUGGAACGAAGCGUCAAUGAAUAUUGAUGGAUCUUUGUGGACACUACAAAAGCAAGGGCAACCCAAAGUCAAGACCAUUGUUGAAUACCUAGGGGAUUUGGCUGCGGAAAGAUUUAAGAGUCAUGGCGCUCUCAAGGUUGGCAUUGAUCCAUUUGUGCACCCAGCUUCAUUUGCCAAGGAUCUCAACGAGGCGUUUAUCGAAUCCGCCAAGAAAGAGCUGGACCUUAGCGAUGAUGCCGAUCCCAUCGGAGAGUUGGUUACUUCUCAUCCUAACUUGAUUGAUCCCAUCUGGGGAGAAGCUCGCCCAGAAGUUCCGUACAAUCCCUUUCGACCACAUCCAUUGGAGUUUGCUGGAGUUUCGAUAGCGGAAAAGGUAGAGAGUGUCCGCAAAGAAAUGGAGGAGAAGAAAGCAACCAUGGCUGUAUUUGGUGCCCUUGAUGAUGUUGCCUACUUGCUGAAUGUUCGAGCGAUGGGAGAUGUCGAUACUUGCCCAGUUGGAAUUGCGUAUGUGACUGUGACCAAUGAUGAGAUUACGUUAUAUUGCGAUUCACGCAAGGUUGAAUCCGCUGAAGUAAAGGAACACCUUAAGGAAGUUACUAUUAAGGAAUACGAUGCGAUUGUGGAUGACGUCAAAGAACAUUGCGAAGGUGAAGGAAGGAAGGUUUGGAUCGACUGCUCACGAUCCAAUCUUGCCAUCAGUGCCGUCAUCCCUGAAAAGGCACUAGUGGACAGUCAGAACGCCAUUACUCCCAUGAAGGGGUGCAAGAACGACGCUGAAUUGGAAGGAAUGAGAAAGGCUCACAUCGUGGAUGGUGCUGCGAUGGCCAAGUUUAUUGCUUGGCUCGAGAAUACCAUUGUGAAUGAAGGAAGAUCGGUCAGCGAGGUCGAAAUCGAUCGAGUCCUGACAGGAUAUCGGGCAGAACAACCAGGAUUCUUGGAAUGCUCCUUCCCCACCAUUGCUGGUGUUGGUCCUAACGCUGCCAUCAUUCACUACCGUGCCUCGGAAGAUGAACUCAUGAAAUACUUGGAUGCUUCGCAACCAAUACUCAUCGAUUCCGGUGGUCAAUACACCUACGGUACAACAGAUGUGACGAGAACGUGGCAGUUUGGAGAGGCUACUGAGGAAUUCAAGGAUACAUACACCCGAGUGUUAAAGGGUAACAUUGGUGUCGACUCUAUGAUCUUUCCCGAGGACACUCCGGGAUUCGUCUUGGAUGUCUUUGCACGAAAAGCUCUUUGGGAGGCCGGCAAGGACUACGGGCAUGGUACUGGGCAUGGUGUGGGAGCAGCAUUGAACGUUCACGAGGGGCCCCACAGCAUUAGCCCCCGUUUUGGAAACAAGGAGGGACUGAAGAAGGGAAUGGUGGUCAGCAACGAACCAGGAUACUAUGAAGACGGUAACUUUGGUAUCCGAAUUGAAAACCUUUUGGAGAUGCAAUAUGUCAAGCCCGAGCACAACGACCCCUCUUUCGAAGUUGGUCCUGCAGAAAAGAAAUUUUUGAAGUUUGCUCGAUUGACGAUGAUUCCAAUUCAAAAGAACUUGAUCAAACUCGACUUGAUGACCAAGGCCGAGUUUGAUUGGUUGGAUAGCUAUCACGCUGAAGUUUUCGAGAAGGUCAGCCCGCUACUAGAGGCAGACAGCCCGGCAAUGAAAUGGCUGGAAAAGUCUUGUGAAAAAAUUGAUAGAUCAUAA